CAUGGUGACACACCUACUUCACUUUUGUUUUACUUCCGCAAACUAUUUUUUUUCUUUCUCCCAGCAGUUGCUUGUUCUUGGUCGGACUUAUUACAAAGCUCUCUCUGGCUAAACAGAUCUAUUUUCGUUUCGGAAAAUGAGCGACAUAAAGAUAAACGAGUCAAGUCAAGUGGAGGACAAGGCGGAGGAGAAAGAGGAGGAGAAAGACUGGGCCGCGGCCAAAGCGUUUUUUGAACACCUCAAAACAAACAAACCGAGACCGCCUAAACCCGGGUUUGCUGUCACCAUCGCUGUAUCAUCCCGGACUCUCUUCAACAUGGUGGCGGAGAGGCUCAUUUAUGAAAAGGAAGGAGUGGAGAAGUACGUGGCUUAUCAGGUUGAACACGAGAAUGAGCCUUUGAAGCCGGGACCUGCUUUCCAAUUCGUCAAGGCGCUGAUGACGGUCAACGCUCGGCUGAGGGAGCUCUACCCGGACAGCGAGGAGUUGUUUGACAUUGUCCUCAUGACAAACAACCACGCCCAAGUUGGAGUUCGCCUCAUCAACAGCAUCAAUCACUAUGAUUUGACCAUCGAGAGAUUCUGUAUGACUGGAGGGAAAAGUCCCAUCGGCUACCUCAAAGCUUACAUGACCAAUCUGUAUCUCUCCAAGGAUGCUGAUAAAGUCACCGAGGCCAUUGACGAAGGCAUUGCUGCGGCCACAAUGUUCAUGCCCGAGACAGAGAAUGAGCUGUGCGACAAUCAGCUGAGGGUGGCUUUCGAUGGUGACGCCGUCCUCUUCUCGGAUGAGUCGGAGAUCAUUGUGAAGCAAAGGGGCCUGGACAGCUUUUUUGAGCAUGAGAAGAAAUUUGAGAACAAACCACUUGCUCAGGGCCCCUUGAAGUGCUUCCUGGAGGCUUUAGGGAAGCUCCAGAGAAAAUUUUACGCCAAAAACGAGCGUUUGGAUUGCCCCAUAAGAACCUUCCUGGUCACGGCCCGGAGCGCCGCCAGCUCGGGGGCUCGAGUGCUGAAGACCCUUCGCAGUUGGGGACUGGAGGUGGACGAGGCUCUCUUCCUGGCCGGAGCCCCAAAAGGGCCCCUGCUGCAGAAGAUAAAACCGCACAUCUACUUUGACGACCAGAUGUUUCACAUUGAGGGGGCCAAAGAACUGGGCACCAUCUCCGCUCACGUCCCCUACGGAAUCGGACAGAAGUACCACAGGGGCAAACUCAUCGAGCAGCCAAAAAAGGAGUGAACUGCUUAAGGAGAAAAGAUGAUACAUUGAAUUUGUACUACAGUUUUAUAUUCUGAGGAAAAAGGAUUAUAGAGUAUAUCAUCUUGUCAUAAAGUUUGCAGUUUACUGGAGACGUUUGUUACGGUAUAGGGCUUUUGUAUUUUGUAUUUUCUAGUUUUUUAAAUGACUUUUCAAACCACCUUACUGUGUAUUUUAAAAGCGAGAGAUUCACCAGCCCACACACUUUCACUCAGUUUUGUACUGAACCGUGCUAAAAAAGUUAACUUAUUUUGUUGCUUUUUCCUGUUGUAGUCAUGGAAGCACACAACGAUCUUUUCUAGCAUUAAUUGAUUUGUUUUGACUUGAAAACUUUGUAUUUGUCAUCACGUGAUAGCCAAGCCUUCAACUGUUACUUCCUGUCAGCACUUUUGCGAUUGUAUUUACCUAGUUUUACGUCAUGUUUGAUAUAAAAGCGUCAAACACUA